AGCCGCCUGGCGGGCUAGUACGGAGCGGAGCGUUUAUGCCGAGAGGGAGGGCUGCCGGGACGCGGGCACGCCUGCUGCGAAGAUUGUUCAGGAGCUCCACUGCGGUGCGCCAGUGUCGACAGCGGCUGGGCUUUCUUCGGCGGAGGCGCAGCGACAACAGCAUUUCGGUGCGACCGGACCGGGCGCAGGCCCAGCAGUGGGCCACCUCCUUCCUCAACCUGAUCAACUCCAAAUAUGGAGUGGCGUUGUUCAAAGGAUUCCUGUCACAAGAGUUUGCUGAUGAAAAUCUGGAAUUCUGGCUUGCCGUUGAGGAUUUCAAGAAAACGCGACACUGCAAGUUACCAGCCAGGGCUCAACAAAUCUAUAAUGAGUUCCUGGCUGCACAGGCUCCGAAAGAGAUCAACAUCGACUCGUCCACACGGGCGGUGAUCGGUAAGCGGCUGUCGGACCCGGAUGUGCAAAUGUUCGACGCGGCUCAGCGGCGUGUGCAGCACCUGAUGGAGAGCGACAUCUUCCCACGCUUCCUCCAGUCAGAGAUGUAUCAGGAGCUGUUACGCGACGAGCACUCGAAAGCCCGGGCGCGCAGGUAGCCCGGCCGGCCGGCCGACGCCACUUCAGGCUGUGAGGGGAGGCUUGUGCGCCGGGUCGCUGCAGGGCGUGCGCUAUCUCUCCGGACGGGGAGCACAUAUCACAGGAGAGGCCUGACGGUUCUCGACGCGUCGGCGGCGGCGCUUCGACUGGGCGGCUGCGGCGGCGCCUUCGACCCAGUUCAGAACAGACCACGCUGGGAUCUGCGGCUCGCGGAGGGAGUCCAUGGCGCCACCUGCACCGUCCCGGCUCACUCGGUUCGCGCCCGCUUUGGCCAACGGCUCCCCUGAGUCCAACAUCAGUGCGCGUCGUUCAGCGAACUCCUGUUUGGAGCGAGCCGAGCGCCGCGAGCCGUUGUGUCGCUUUGGUCAACACCUGCCGCCGGCCGACCGAGACAGGCGCUGCUGGUGCGUACAAGAAACCAGAGGCUUUCGGAAGUUGUCUGGCGUCAUAUACUUCUACGAGUGUCGCUACCAACUGAGCGUUUUCAUUCGAUCAAAGAUUAGAGUACGAAGUAGCAUUGUUGCCGGUCAUUUUUUGCUGUGGUAGAGAUAGAAGGACCAUAUGACAACCGCAGACGGAACUCAUUAAUUUAGCUCAGAUGCUGUGGGCUGACGUUACGGCUGGAAUGACAUCCUCUGUUUUUGAUGUGGGUGGGCAGGGCUGGCUCCGACAGUCGGUCAUGUGGAUCUGAUCGACUGUUAGGAAGGUUCAGUGUCAGUGGCUAGCAUGUCACACAGAAACUGUGGAGUGCGUUCAGCGUGUUGACUUCGAUGCCUGUUGGUGGUUGGUGAGAUACCCAGUGCAUGCCCGUUAGAUGAGCCAGUGGUUUGAGGUUUGAGAAGCCGGGGUCUGAUGCACUGCUCGCGUCCGUCUCGGGAGCCAGUGGGAUGUGUUCGUUCAUGUCUGCAUGCAGGGUCAGCGAUCUCGUGCACUGUUACCGCCUGGAUGCAGUCAGGGAGCUGGAGCACGGUUUCUACUUGCUUAGAGAGUCAGUGAUCCAGCGUCCAAUUUCCAGCUGUUUGGAGAGCCAGUAAUGUGGCACAGAACGCCCACUUGCAUGGCGAGGGACCGACGUAGCGCAUCAUUUCCACCCCUGUGGAGAGUCCGGUGCCACCUGUUUUGGGCGUGAGCGGUCCGACGCACAUUGCCCGCCCGUGUGGAGGUCAGGGAUCGGAUAGCCGGAGGACGCUGGUCGCUGCACCG